AAACAAAUAAGUGAAAACGAAAAGAAACUAGAAUAUGACAGACACACAAAGAAACUCAAUGAGUUAAACGUAGAGAAAAAGAAGAAAGAAGAACAACUGAAAGAACUAAGUACAGAGGAAUAUGCGAAAAAAGUGUCAGAAAAAGCAGCAGAAGUAGCAAAAAUGGAACAAGAUGUUAUAAAUUUGAAAAACCAUACUACUCAAUAUAAAGUACUGAAAGAUGAAGAGAUAAAACAAAAAGCCAUGAAGACAUAUAUGGAUAGCGAUGAGUAUAAAAAAGAAGUUGAAGCAAAUGUAAAGGCAGAAAAACUUUUACAGUUGCAAAACCAAACCGUACAGUAUGAAAACUUAGCACAAGAAAGUAAAAAUAACGACGCAGCCAUGCAAAAGGCAAUGAAAAGCGCAGAAUAUAUAAAAGCUAAUAAUGACUGGUUAGAUGCCCAAGCCAACGCUAAAGCAGCCCAACUUAUAGGGUCAAUAAGGACAAAAAUACAAGCGGAUGAAGACAGUUCAAAUGAAGCUUUAAUGAAUGCUGACUUUAAGAAUGCCUUCGAAGCUCUUCAUAGUAAGGUGAAACUAGUGAACGACUUCUCAUCUGGAAAGAAACUGAAGUCUGAAGGUUUCGACAAAGAGUUAAGAGAAGUAGCACAAAAUAUGACGAAAAUAACAGAUGCAGCAACGAGACAGGCAGUUCAAAGUGCCUAUGACGCCGUUAGAGCAGCUGUUGUGGAAAGUCAAGAAAAAGAGUUACAACAGACCAAAACAGACCUAGUAAAUGUUUUCUUAAAAACGAAAAGUCAGGUAGGACAUUAUGCUGCAGAUGGAACAUAUGUGCCAGCUGGUGGAACUUAUAUACCACCAAACCCUCCAAGAGAAGCACCUGCACCAGGACUACCUAAAACAUUUACAUCGUCACAUGGACACAGACACAGGCAUGCACCAAAACCAACACAACAACCAACAGUUCAAAAUCCAGCACCACAAUAA